CAUCAAAGUGAGAUACAACCCUCUACUUCUAAAACAAAAUAAAUUACAAACAACAAUUCCAGGAUUAGUUGUUACGGUAUGAAUAUUUUAGAAUGGUUGCGACGUGAUUCACGAUAUCCCUAUCGUGCCUAUUGUGCAAUACAUCGAUGAAUGCCGACAUGAGGGCAUUGAAAAGCCUAAGUUCAUCAAUAAUCCAAGAACUAAGAUAUUUUUAAAACUUCUACGGCAAGCGUAUUUUAAAUGUCGUCAACGUCUUUAGUAUCAAUGCCUUAAACCGCGAAAAUAAAGCUAGCAAGUUGUAUUACUAGGAAAACGAGAUAUGGAGGAUGCGCUAUAACCACGAGUUGUGUGAUAUUUACAAGGAUCCUAAUAUCAUAACAACUAUAAAAAUUGAACGCCUACGAUGGGCAGGACAUGUGGUUCGAAUGGAGAAUACCAGAAUGCCAAGACAACUGCUCUAUGGCAAAUCAGAGGGCCGCAGAAGUCGUGGCAUACCCAAACUCCGAUGGUUGGAUGGCGUGGAGUGCGACCUCAAAGUUAUCGGUGUCAGGAACUGGAAGGAGAAAGCCCUGAACAGAGCAGUCUGCAGAGACAUACUGGACCAGGCUAAGUCCCACCCUGGGCUGUAAGACCUAAGAUGAUGAGGUUGUAUUACUGAGCAUAGAAUAUCUCAAAACUAUAGAUCUUCUAGUUGACUUUUUGCCAAAAAUGUUUCCAGAUUCCGAGAUAGCAAAGAAAAUCAAAACAAAAUUCUGCGCCGUAAAAAAUAAUAUUUUGGGCCCACAUCAUCGGGGCAUUGACCCGCAGACACAAGGCACUGAGUUUCUCGCCGAAUCAUCUCAGUGGAUCUCGAUUCCGAUCCAGUAGAUACAACGAAGUACUGAACUGAUCCCCGAUAGUUGCAUUGGUUUUAGCAAACGUCCGAAAUCUCGAGGAUGAGGAUUUUAUGAACUUAGCAAACUUCAUGUUCAGCAUCUCAAGACUAUGAAAUUCAAACGUAGAACAUGACGAAAGGUUAGCGCAAGAAAUGGCAUCAAAAGAAAGAAAAUGAAUCGGUUGCUUAAAUAAACAAUCAAGUGAAAUUUUUAACACGCCCUUACCGGUUGCUUAAAUUUUAAACCAAGCUAUAAGGCUUUCAUAGUUAAAAUUAAUAAAAAUGAAACUGCUUUAUGUUAGACAGAGAAUGAUUUAUUUUAUUUUUAAUUAAUACAUGUGAUUUUCAGAACAUAAAGGUAUAUUUAUUUACCUGUAAAAGUGCAGUAUUUAACUAGAAUAUACCGUAUAUUUUAUUUAAAUAAUAAAACGCUGUAAAAUAUAAAUCUUGUCUGGCAGCACUGCAGUGAAUACCGAAAACUAGGGGACUUUUUGGCGGGAACGCGAGGAGUGAAGUUGUGUGAUUUGUUUUAUUUUGUCUAUUUAGUGUUUCUUCGGGUUUAAAUGUGUAAUAAUGGUGGUUUAUUAACUGUUUAAUAUCUGUGAAAGUGCACAAAUGUGGGAAAAUGAAACAAAGCCUCUGGACGUAACUUCUCGGGAUCCUCCAAAAAGUCCACUGAAAAAAUCUCAGUAAAUGACCACCAUUUUACUAAGAUUAUGUUUCAUCCCAUAUCAUGUCAUUUCAUCCCAAUAGAUUAAUAUCUCAAAUUAAUCAUCUUCAUUUCAUAUCACUCCAUAUUAUCAUUUUUCAUAAAAAUAAGAAUAUAAAUUAAAAAUAAGACAUGACUUAAAGGUCUCAGUAACCAGGUCAUAAAACCAUUUAAAAAAAAAAUUACUGAAAACUAUACUCUAUACCAAAGUUUGCUAUCUAUGACUAUGUUAAAUACAAAAAGACAAAAGUGCUAAAAAUUUUGCAAUUAGCCGACUAGUAUUUGUGUAUGAGUUUCAUUAUAAUACCUUAAUGAUAAAUGACAUUCUGGUGCUAAAUCAAUCACAUCAAGAUGAUGUCGACAACAGAAGUGGAAAUAGACUUUGAUCCAACAAGCGAGCGCGAAGAGGGGGAGUUGGAAGAUUCAGAUGUAGAAGAAGGUACCUAUAUCCCCUUAACAAGACCAGAAGCUUUCAACCCUCCAUCCUUAGUACACAUGCAAAUUCAAGAUGAACAAAGCGAUGAUCCAUCACCAGAGUCAUCAGCUACAGAUUCUGAUGAAGAACCCAGGAGGCGUGCUAAACGCACAAAAGUCAGACCAAGAAGGCCGCAACCUCAACCCCAAAAUAAUAAAAGGGAGAAAUAUAAUGUGUGGUAUAGAGCUUUGCAGGAAGAACUACUCUCGGAAGACAUGAUUGGUUUCGAUGUCUCAAAGAAACGAAGAUAUGGUGUUGAAUCUUAUGAUUACACAAUAAAGUACCGAUUAGAAGAAGAGUUAGCAUCAGGAAAUGCUUUUACAAAAAAUAGCAACUCCAAUAGAGAUGUGACGUCUAACAAACGAAAGCACUCUGACAGAUCUAAUGUAAAGCUAAGAUUGGGUAAAAGAAUUAAUAGUAAUUCUCAUAUUGAAGAGAAACAUGCUCCAAAAUACUUGAAGGAUUUGAUGGUUAAUGCAGAAGAUCCGUUAGAUAUAGUAGCAUCUGAUAUAGCUGAUAAAUUAUCAGAAGAAAAAAAAGAAUUAAUACACAGAAUCGUAGGAGCAAUUGGAUCACAGAAAGCAAUGGAAUUGUUUAAAGAAACACAGAAAAUAGAGGCUGAUGGUGGCAUGCUUGUAAUGAAUGGAACACGUCGUAGGACCCCAGGCGGUGUGUAUUUUUUUCUUCUGAAGCGUGAUGACGAAAUCUCCCAGGACGUAGUCAGUAAACUUUUCGCUGAAGAAAAAAAGGAGAAUACGCGCCGUAUAAAGAAAAUUCACAAUAAAAGUCGUCAGAAAGCUAUGGAGCAACUAAAACAAACUUUAACCGACUCGGAGCUACCGUCGUUAGUAUCUCGCGGCGAGACAACGGCACAAUCGGAGCACGGAUCGAAUCCACCCCCCUCCCCGGCGACGGACGCCCGUGAGUGUUCCAGUGACACGGACGCGCACUCGCACACUGAGGCGGACGCGCACGCACUAACAGAGGAGCACUCGCACGCGCGAACACAGGCGGACGCGCCUGCGCCGUCAGCACCUGCCGCCCCGUCCGUCAGCAACGACCCCCGCUCCAUACAAGAAUACGAAGACGACGACUUCCUUGAUGUCAUGUGUAAUGAUGACAUGGACCUGUUCUAAACACAAGUCUGAUACUGCAGCUCCUUUUUUUUUUAAUGAGAUCCGUUAAUCGUGUGUAAUUAUCUUGUCAUGGGACAAGAUAAACUCGAAUGAUUGUUGUUAAUUUAUCGUUUUAAGGUGCGUCAUGUUCGCGCUCGCAAUUUGUCAGUUUUGCAUAUACCUUCCUUCAAUUACAUAAAAUUGGUCCGAAUAUGUAAAUAUGUAUUUGAAAAUAAAUUAAAAAUAAUCUAAUGAAAGACUGAGUAGAUGUUUCGGUAGUAAAUAAGUUUCUCUAUUUUUAAUUUAUAUAAGUCUUAAUAAAGUAAUCAAGACAUAACGGACGGCAGUGGCUCUGCUUUUGGCCUUGUCGAUGUUCACCGAUACCAAGAAGAAUAAAAGUAUGUGGUCUAUUACUUUAUCUUCGAAGUCCAUAAAAAAAGUCAAGUAACUGUUAUAAUUAUAAAUAUCACUACAAACUAAUUUUGCGAGUGGGAACAUUAUGUAUAUCAUUUAAUUACCAUUAGUUUAUUCUAAUACAGAGUAAAAAACCUCUGACCAUAAGUUACUGAAGACUUCAAUUUUAGUGUUUGAAGACUUGUAAUUAAUUACUGUAAGCAUAGGGUGGGUGUUACUGCUCGUUACAGUAAAAAGCACUGUGCUAAGAACAUGGCUUAAAGAUUUUUUCAUAAACCAUAUAUAAAAAAAUGUGUAAGGCACCCAUACAUUCAUUGUUUUGUUCAUGCAAGUUGGUUAAUUAUUGUACAAAAACCUCUGCAAUUUUAAUGUGUAGGUAUAAUAAAUCUAAUCUUAUAUGCUCGAAAGAAAACUAUAGUAUAGUCUACCCCUUAUAGUGUUAGAUCAGCCUAAAGAAUCUAUAUUUUUAUACCUCAAAAUAUUAUAUCAAAAUUAAGUCACUUUUUAGAAUGCCACUGAAGCUAACUUAUCUGUGUGCAAUAGUUUCAUCUUUCUAUGUACACUGUAUGUUAAGUGCCUUCACAUGUAAUCAGUGUUACAAAGAGUAUAAAACUCUUAUGUUAGAACUAAUAAUUGAAAACGCAUGUUUAAUUUUGUUUAGUUCCAUUAAAUAGUUUUAUAUAAAUAA